GUCCCUUAAACGGAAAUGAUAGUUAUUAAUGAUGUCAAUAGAAAAUAUCCCAUUUUUUACAGAUAUUUUAUAACUAGAAGAAAUAUUGGGCCCCAUCGUCGAAAAGUGUGUUUUUGUAGUAGCAGCAUUCUGGAGCGAGCAUUCAGAAGAUUGUUCCACAGAGAAGGAUCGCGGACGGAUCAUUCUCGGCCCAAUUUGACUACUAGUCAAAUAACAGAGUUGAAGGCUGCUUUCGCAAUGUUAGACCGAAAUCAAGAUGGCCGCAUCAAUGAAACAGAAUUAAAAAGUAUGCUGGAAAAAUUAGGAAUCAGUCUGACUGAUGAAAUGAUUGCUAAGCUUAUCGAGGAGGCCAGCAAGACUGGUCAAAGGUUAUUAAAUGAAGAAGAAUUUUUUUCUUGGAUGUCCCACCACGAUGUGAAAGAAGAUGCAAUGGCUGAUCUAAUGGCCGCUUUCAAAGUAUUCGAUAAAGACGGAAAUGGUUAUAUUUCGAAGGAUGAACUGAAAACAGCUAUGGACACAAUAGGCGAGCCCAUGUCAGAAGGUCAGCUAGAUAUAAUGAUUAAAGAGACAGAUACCGACAACGACGGAAAAAUCAACUAUGAAGAGUUCGUCCAGAUGAUGCUUUAGUACAGGAUCAUUAUAAUUGAAUUUCAAGUUGUUCCAGACUACUUGUGGCGUCAAAUGAAACUUGAUUGUGAUAACUAGAUAUUGUAAAUAUGUUUUUGUUGUAGAUACUAAUGUUAUGUCAGUCAGUUUAUUUACUUUAAAAAAUAAAGUGUCCCUGUAACAA